AUGCUGCUCCGCACACACGGGAGCCAGACGGGAACGGCUGGUGCCGCAGCGCAUCCUCCCGGCUCCCCCGCGCCCCGCGGCUCUCCACUCUUUCGCCAGCCGGGAGCUGCCAGGAACGCGGCUCCGCUCCGGCGCCGUCCAUGGCUCGGGGCCGAGCUCCGCGCCCGGGCCGCGCUUGCACAGCGGGAAGCGGCGCUCGGCUCCAGGCGGGGCCGCCCCGAGUUUCACUUUCCAAGAGCAGCCACAACGCUGGAUGAGAAGAUCGAAAAAGUGAGACAGAAAAGGAAGAUUCAGGAAAAAGAAGCUAAGGAAGCAAAGGUGAAAGAGGAAGAUGCAGAGAUUGAGGAUGAUCAAAUCAAAGAGAGAGAGAGUGAAGACUUCACUGGGGAGAAGGAAGAGGAUGUGGAGUCCCAGAACUCCUUAGAUAAUGAAAUUAUCUUCGCUAAAUCAGACACUCUCAAAGUGAAAGAAAGGAAGAGACGGAAAAAAGGAGAUGCAGAGAACUUUUUUGAAGAUGCUUCUCAAUAUGAUGAUAAGUUGUCAUUCCAGGAUAUGAAUCUUUCACGACCUUUGUUGAAGGCGAUCACAGCUCUUGGCUUCAAGCAACCAACCCCAAUUCAGAAGGCCUGUAUCCCAGUGGGCCUUCUGGGGAAGGAUAUUUGUGCCUGUGCUGCUACUGGGACAGGUAAAACGGCUGCCUUCAUGCUGCCCGUGCUUGAGCGACUGAUAUAUAAACCUCGUCAGGCUCCAAUAACACGAGUGCUGGUUCUAGUGCCCACUCGAGAACUGGGAAUUCAGGUGCACUCUGUUACAAAACAGCUGGCACAGUUCAGCAGCAUCACAACUUGUCUUGCUGUAGGUGGCUUAGAUGUGAAGACUCAGGAAGCAGCUCUGCGUUCUGGGCCAGACAUUCUUAUUGCCACCCCUGGGCGGCUGAUCGAUCAUCUCCACAACUGCCCCUCUUUCCACCUGAGCAGUAUUGAAGUGCUGAUUUUGGAUGAAGCAGAUAGGAUGCUGGAUGAAUACUUUGAGGAACAGAUGAAGGAAAUAAUCAGGUUAUGUAGCAAACACCGUCAGACAAUGCUCUUCUCUGCCACAAUGACAGAGGAGGUGAAAGAUUUGGCUUCUGUUUCUCUGAAAAAUCCCACACGGAUUUUUGUGAACAGCAACACAGACGUCGCCCCUUUCCUGCGGCAGGAAUUCGUUCGGAUCCGACCCAACCGAGAGGGGGACCGUGAAGCCAUUGUAUCAGCUCUGCUGACACGAACCUUCCCUGAUCACGUGAUGCUGUUCACCCAGACCAAGAAGCAAGCUCAUCGUAUGCAUAUCCUGCUGGGGCUCAUGGGCCUGCGCGUUGGGGAGCUUCACGGGAACCUCUCUCAGGCACAGCGGCUGGAGGCGCUCAGGCGUUUCAAGGAUGAGCAGAUUGAUAUACUGGUAGCUACAGAUGUGGCUGCACGAGGACUUGACAUUGAAGGUGUCAAAACAGUAAUCAAUUUUACCAUGCCCAACACCACGAAACACUAUGUGCAUCGGGUGGGGCGGACAGCAAGAGCUGGCAGGGCUGGUCGAUCAGUUUCGCUUGUGGGUGAGGAAGAGCGCAAGAUGCUAAAGGAUAUUGUGAAAAGUGCAAAAACCCCAGUGAAAGCCAGAAUUCUUCCACAAGAUGUCAUACUAAAAUUCCGAGAGAAGAUUGAGAACCUAGAGAAAGAUGUCUAUGCAGUUCUGUGCUUGGAGCGCGAGGAGCGUGAAAUGCAGCAAUCAGAAGCCCAGAUCAAUAAAGCAAAGAAGCAGCUGGAGACAGGAAAACAGGAGGCUACGAGUGAAGGUUUGGAGCGAAGCUGGUUCCAGACCCGUGAGGAGAGGAAAAAAGAGAAAUUGGCCAAAGCCCUGCAGGAGUUUGACCUAGCAUUACGAGGGAAAAAGAAAAGAAAAAAGUUUAUGCAGGACACACACAAAAAAGCACAAAUGACACCGGAGGAGCGAUCACAGUUUGAAAUCUUAAAAUCUCAAAUGUAUGCUGAGCGGCUGGCAAAACGGAACCGCCGUGCAAAGCGGGCGCGAGCCUUGCCGGAAGAGGAACCAGCAGCAGCUCCAGCAGCCCCCAAGCGGAAGAAAAAGCUGUCUGUGUUUGAUGAAGAGCUUACCAACACAAGCAGGAAGGCCCUGAAGCAGUAUCGUGCAGGUCCAUCAUUCGAGGAUCGGAAACGCUUGGGUAUGGCCCAACGAAAGAAAGGAGGAAACUUCAAAUCUAAGUCCAGAUACAAGAGAAAAUAGGAACUCUCUUGCCAAGUGGAAAAC